ACUCGGGGUCGGUAUAAGGAGGCGCGCGGGAGGGGAGCCGGCGCCUGGCCAGCCCCUCGGGCGGCGGGCGUAACCGCGACGGAGGCGUCCGAGAGGCGGGUCCCUGGCGCCGCCCGCAUCCCCAGCCCCGGUGGGCACGGCCUGUCCUCCAGGCGCCUUCGGGGUGGCGUGAGGGUCCGAGGCAGCUCUCAAUUAGGAAGUGGCAGCGACCAGGAGCCGGGGCAGGUCACCACCGCCUGCGGAUUUGAACCUGAACCCUGAGAUAUAUUUUUGCCAUCAUGGAUCAGUUCGGAGAUAUAUCAGAAGGUGAAGUGGACCAUUCUUUCUUUGACAGUGACUUUGAGGAUACAAAGAAAAGUGAAAGUAACUCAGUUUUUGACAAGCAAAAGGAUAACCCUAAAGAGAGAACAGACAAAGAUACAGAAAAUGUAAACUCAAAAUGUAGAAUGCAAAGAAACGAAAAUUAUCUUACUGAGAAAGGAAAUGAAAGACAAGUGGUAAUUCCUCCAAAAGAACACGUAAUAGAAAAUGAUAAUACACAAACCAGAAAUUCUUUACCAUUGACCACUUCUUCGAGAUCAAAGAAAUUGGGUGAUGCUACAACAGGACGUAAAAUACACCUGACCAUUCCAAGUAGAAUUCCCAAAACUGCGAAGGAAGGUGAAGAUGAUUACUAUACGGAUGGAGAGGAAAGCAGCGAUGAUGGGAGAAGACAUCAUGUCCGGUCCAAGUCAGCCAAACCAUCCAGUCAGGUUAAAAAAGGCCUAAGUAGAAAGUAUUCCAAAAGGAGCUCCUCUUCCUCUUUGUCCUCCUCAACUUCACGGUCCGAUUCUUCAGAUGCAGACUCUGAUAAUUGUACAUCUGAUUCAUCUCCGUCAUUAAAGAAACCUCUCUCUCGAGUAACCCACUCGUCACCAAAACAGAAAUCUAAAUCGGGAGUACCAUCGGCGGGAACACAGCCUUCAAGUACUAAACCGAAAGUCGGUGACCGCACCGAGGAAUCUGAAGACACUGUGACAGACGUCACUCCUUUAUCGACCCCAGACAUCAGCCCUGUGCAGUCUUUCGAACUGGGCGCGUCAAACGAUCAGAAAGUAAAAGUUAAAAGGCAAGAAAACGUGAGUCAGGAAGUGUAUGGAAAUGUUGGGGAUUUAAAAAAUAAUUUGAAAUCGGCCAAAAAAGGAAGAGAAAAGCAUGGGGCCGAUCUCACCCCGAAGUCCCCGGUGUCGGAUUCCAGUUCAGACCGCAGGCACAAGCAGAAAGCCCUGAAUGACACCAUGGACCUGAAUCAUCUCUUGAAAGCUUUCCUGGAACUGGACAGAAAGGGGCCGCCGCAGAAGCAUCACUUCGACCAGCAGCCUCCAGCGGCGCCCAGGAGGAACUACUCGUUCACGAGAGAGGAGGUGCGGCAGAUCGACCAGGAAAACCAGAGGCUUCUGAAGGAGCUGUCGAGGCAGGCUGAGAAGCCGGGAAGCAAAAACGUGGUUCCUAGAAGGUCCAUCAGUCACACCCCCAAGCUGUAUCACAGUGCUGUCAACCGACAGAGAGAACAGCAGAGGAUUGAAAGAGAGAACCUGGCGUUACUGAAGAGGCUGGAAGCCGUGAAGCCGACGGUGGGCAUGAAGCGCUCGGAGCAGCUGAUGGACUACCACCGCAACAUGGGCUACCUGGGCGCCGCGCCCUCCCUGAGACGGGUCCGGUCCACGCUGGGCCAGUACAGCCCGCUGAGAGGAGCCUCCAGGACGUCGAGCGCCACCAGCGGCCUCAGCUGUAAGAGCGAGGGAGCGGCUCUGGACGCGUCCCGCGGCCUGUCGCUGAGGCCCAAGCCCCCCAAUGUUCGCGCAGCUUGGUUAUAAACACUUUUUACUUGACCCGUGGUUCAUCUGAUUCUUACUGGAUUGCUCUUGUGGAUCAGUGCAGUCCUCUCUGUGAGCAUCUGUGAUAACUGUUUUAGGAAUUUUUUAAGUUGUACAACACUGAGUUGUAAUUUACUGUAAUUUAAUGCGGAAUUGUUUUCAAAAAACAAUGGAGUGUAAAAUCGGCGUCUCCGACAAGAAUGUGCCCGUGGGAGACGCACCUGUGUUUGGGGGAGAAGGCGUGUGUGCUGUCUCGGCACCGACAGAGCGGCUGGGACGGUGACACGGCACGUCGCACCCCCGUGUUGGCUGCGCGUGUCUCGUUGUAUUUUGUUUUCAUUUCCCACGCGCUCCCAACCACCAGCAUGACUCCUAGACUCCUAGACGUAUCUUCCUUUUUUCUGUUUGCUUCAGGAUUUAGGUGCUAUGACUCAUGGCUUGACUAGAACACUUUCUUACUAACGAAACCAAUGUUGAAAUUCGAUUUCACUGGUGGAGCUGAUUCACUGGGGCAGUCCUUACGGGUUCUCCAGAGACAUCUGCUACCUCUGCCUGAGGGCGCUGAGUCAGACCUUAAAAUUUGAUCAGCCAUUCCAGGCCGUUUCAGACUAAGUGUCUGAGGAAGUUCCAUUUAGCAGCCUCUCUCGCGUGUUUUUGUGCGCUCAGAUGGAGCGCUGUUAAUGAGGUUCUGAGAAGUGAGGUAGGCCUCAGCGCUGCAGCCCGUUUGUGCGGUGAACAGUUUGUACACGGAAACAUCGUCACGAGCAAAAACAAAUAGCAUUUGAAUCAGCAGAACAGCACCGCCAGUUUGAAGAGCCGAGAAGUCCAUCCUCAGUUGUGGCGGAAGUGUUUGAAGUGAUACCGUUAGCAGGUUGUGUUAUAUUUAGUGUUUAUUGUAUUGUAUUUACAAGUGUUUGUUGAAGUUCAGAAAGAAACGUAUUGUCUCACAGCUUUAGAAAUUCCAGCUAGUGUUUUCAAGGGUUGGAAAGGAAAACUAAAACAUAAACAAUAAAGGGGGAAAAUCACAUAUUGUUGGGUCUACUUUCAAUGUCUGCACAUUUUCUGGUUUUGGGCUUACAGGUUGAAUCCUGGAAUGUCGUUUUUGCUAGUUCCACUUAAAGUCUUCAUAGUCUUAACUGGAGUAGGAAGGUAUAAUAGAGUUGACUUUUGAAGUUAGAAUUUUUUUAUUGUGUUAUACAACAAAGCAUGUCUCAGCCAUGGUUGCUUCUGCUGUCCUGGUAUCACUGUUUUUCAUUACUGGCCUUUUUACUCUAUCCUUAGAAUGGAUUGGAAAGUUUCCAUAUUAAAUGCCAAACCUUUCUUUUUUUCCUAUGAAUUUUUUAUCUGUGGCUGCAGUAAGAAGAUUGGCAUUUUCUGGGUUAAAUCAGGCUCUGCAGCACGUCUGUGGAGAGCCGAACUACAUUUUACUGACAUCAUCGUAGAAUUUCUUGGACCUAGUGAGAGUGUCAGCCCGCAGACUGUGCUCAGGGUGGGCGCGUGGCGUGUGGGACCAGCAGGGCUAACAAACCCGCAGGCACAACCCAACGGGGGGCUCCAAAGUCGGCUCACUGUUGCGUGAUGCCCUGUUCUAGCGAACGGGCUUUUUCAUCCGUGAGUGUUCUGCUUGCUGUGUGAGCCCUAGCUACACUGGUGCAAGGCUUUAUCUUUAACUUAUUGUACUUUUAAUGUUCGUAUAACCUGUCGUUACGGGGAAAUAAGACGAUGCGGAACUGAAAACUCAGCAUUUGAACCUCUGUCUAGUAGUGAUUAGCCAAUGUUUUUUAAUUGGUUUUAAGUUGUUAGGGAGAAACAUACGUCAAAACUUUUAAUGUCCUAGUGGCAUUAGUCUCUGAACAUUGUGUGUGACCCUUGCCACGUGUCAGGUACAACACGACUUGGCAGGCAAAGCUGUACUUCGACUUUAGACACGAAUGUGAUGCCUUCGUUUGUACUGCUCCGACAGGGGAGGGAGGAGCAUCUGAAUAUUACUGACAGGAAUUCAGCUGGAAGGAAAAGUCGGGAAGAGUAACUGUUCAUUUCCUCCGAGCAGGAUUUACGCUUCCCUGUCAGGGUUCCUUAUCUCAGUGCAGGUAAAAGGCUGGUCAUUGCCUAACGGGACUUUCUCUCGUGGGAGUCCGGGCCUUGAUGAAGGACUCACAGUCGCACCGUUCUCACCAUCAAAGACGUACAAAGCCAAGGGUGGUCUAGCACUGCUUUGUGUUUGGUUUGCUCGUACCUCACUGUGUGUGUACUUUGACGAUUUACUUCUGCAAGUAGAAAUUACACUCAUUCCAAAGUCUCAAUGGUUAGGCAAGGUUCUUAUUGAGAGUUAUUUUCCUAUCUGUCACGUGUUAAUGUUGCCUCCUUUUUGAUAAGAGUCCAUGAAAGAUUUUGAACUAUUAAGAAUCUUUCCUAAGGGAUAGCUAUUAUCUCUCGGGCUUCCCCUACUUCCUUUUCUCACUCUCCAUAAAAAGCUACCUUCUUAACUACUACAAAUAAAAUUUUUCUGGUUUGCUUAUAGCGUACUGCAGUUGUUUUCAACCCAUUAACCCAAAUCUCCAAAAUGCAUACCUAGACAGCUUUCAGAAGAGGUCGUUGUGAUGGAUUUGAUUGUGUCCUUGUCCAGACUCAAAUACUGCACACCGUGGGAAGUGUUAUGACCCAUAUUAUGUUGGAGACACACGUUUAAUUUACUAUAUUUUGAUAAUUAAAUUCACAAAUGUUUAAUAUUGUAAAUGCCAAAGUCUUUACCUAUAUAUAAAUGAUUAUGUAACAUCCUAGAAAAUGUGCUUAAUGCUAAUGACUACUUUUACUUCCAUGGAUGAAGAUCAGCAAGAAACUGAAAAAUCAGUACGCCUCUUAAACUUUUCAGUCCGUUGUGAUGUGUUUUAGUCAUCAAGAACUAGCUUGGCAUAAUGAAAACAAAUAAAAGAAUUAAAG